AUGAAUAAUAUACGAAAUCAGUUUCAAAAGUUGUAUUGGAUGAUUUUGGAUCACCCAUUCUAUACGGUCGAAUCGGUGUUGGCUCUUACAAUUCCAUUAAUUUUAGUGGUUUUCAUGUUCAAUUGGAGAGUCAAACAAUCAAUGAAAAAACAAAAAUUGAUUCAAAGUCGAAGAGACAAACUUCUCAAAAAGUUGAAUGGAGGAAAGACGAAAAUGGAUGAAAAUGAAGAAGAUGAUGAAGUUAUCAAAGAAGCCAUCAAGCUCAUGGAACAAAAAGUCAAGAAAUCGAAUUGA